AAAAAAUUUACUACAAUAAUGGAAACCGUUCAAAACUUUCCCUCCUAUUUCAUCCACCUUCCAAACUCUCCCCUCUAUCACUGAUUCACUGCAUCAUCACAUUUAAUUCCUUCCAUGUAUAACUCGCUAUCCUCGAUGAAGCCAGCCUUAAAUUUCAAGUCCCUAAACGUCCAGAGACCAAAUCUCGCCCCCCUUACGCAUCUCCGAUAUCUUACUCGCUGCCGACGACGACGACGACGUUUUAGACGAGCUUUCUAUUAUGAGCGAGUCUGAGUGUUCUAGGAGCAUAUGCUGUCCAUCGCCCCACCGGAUUGUGGCUCGGUGGAUCUCGGGGCUGAGGCGAACCAGGGUGAAGAGAAUCCCGGCUGAACAUGUGAAGAAAGAGAAAGAGACAGAGAGCAAGAUGGAUGAAGAUGAGAAAGGAUUGGGUGAUCGAGCGGUGCAGGCUAGAUGUUCGAUGAAUGGACUCAACGGUGGAAAUUCGGUGUCGACGACUGUAUGUUCAAUUUUUCCAGGAGAGAGCAGGAAAGAUACCUCUUUCAAUAUGGGAGUUGGGUGUUGCCUUUUGUAUCUAAUUGCAGCAAGUAAAAACGAGCUUAAUAAGAUAGUGCAGAUGAGGUUGCAAAUGGAAACCCUCCUCCAAAAUACCAGCGAAGAAUUGAUUAACAAAAGCAAUAUCUCUAAGCUGUCGAAACCAAAUGAUAUGUUUGCGUACUCUGACACUGAUUCUCCACAAGGGCCACAGUUUGAAUCUCAAUACAUACCGGAGUCCUCAACAGUUUCAGCGGUUGAUCAGUCUUUGAAGUGCGAACCACCUGAAAAAGAAGAGUGUUCAGAAGAAGGAAUGGAUCAGCUCGAGGCAGAACUACAAGCUGAGUUGGAACGCUUACAACUGCACUUGGAUGGGGAGAAGUUGAAACACUCAGAGCUAUUAAGGGUAGAGGUGACUGAUGAAGACACUACCUGCUCGAAAAGUCAGACCACGACUUCUGGAGAGGUGAUUGACCUUCAACCUCACGAUGUAGACACAGAUUGUGGAGUUCCUCCUGAUGAAUUGGAAAUGGAAACCCUCCUCCAAAAUACCAGCGAAGAAUUGAUUAAUAAAAGCAAUAUCUCUAAGCUGUCGAAACCAAAUGAUAUGUUUGCGUACUGUGACACUGAUUCUCCACAUGGGCCACAGUUUGAAUCUCAAUACAUAUCGGAGUCCUCAACAGUUUCAGCGGUUGAUCAGUCUUUGAAGUGCGAACCACCUGAAAAAGAAGAGUGUUCAGAAGAAGCAAUGGAUCAGCCCGAGGCAGAACUCCAAGCUGAGUUGGAACGCUUACAACUGCACUUGGAUGGGGAGAAGUUGAAACACUCAGAGCUAUUAAGGGUAGAGGUGACUGAUGAAGACACUACCUGCUCGAAAAGUCAGACCACGACUUCUGGAGAAGUGAUUGACCUUCAACCUCACGAUGUAGACACAGACUGUGGAGUUCCUCCUAAUGAAUUGGAAAUGGAAACCCUCCUCCAAAAUACCAGCGAAGAAUUGAUUAACAAAAGCAAUAUCUCUAAGCUGUCGAAACCAAAUGAUAUGUUUGCGUACUGUGACACUGAUUCUCCACAUGGGCCACAGUUUGAAUCUCAAUACAUACCGGAGUCCUCAACAGUUUCAGCGGUUGAUCAGUCUUUGAAGUGCGAACCACCUGAAAAAGAAGAGUGUUCAGAAGAAGCAAUGGAUCAGCUCGAGGCAGAACUCCAAGCUGAGUUGGAACACUUACAACUGCACUUGGAUGGGGAGAAGUUGAAACACUCAGAGCUAUUAAGGGUAGAGGUGACUGAUGAAGACACUACCUGCUUGAAAAGUCAGACCACGACUUCUGGAGAAGUGAUUGACCUUCAACCUCACGAUGUAGACACAGAUUGUGGAGUUCCUCCUGAUGAAUUGGAAAGAAGGUUGCAUGAAUUACUGGAAGCAAGACAGCAAGAAGAGAUAAGAGAGCUGGAAGCCGCUAUAGAAUGUCUUAAGCACAAGCUGUAUGAGAAAGAAGUGGAGGUUUCUAGGUGGAAAGACACAGCAAUGAGGUUGCAUGAAUUACUGGAAGCAAGACAGCAAGAAGAGAUAAGAGAGCUGGAAGCCGCUAUAGAAUGUCUUAAGCACAAGCUGUAUGAGAAAGAAGUGGAGGUUUCUAGGUGGAAAGACACAGCAAUGCUUAUUUCAAGGCAUGCUAUGGAACCUUCCCCUUUCACUUCACGCAAUGAUCCAAAAAUUAUCACUCAUAGGUGAAGAUCAAACGUGCGGGAGUUUUGAGAUUGAGAUAUUAAUCAGCUAAGAUCACCAUAUGUCUAUAACUGUAAUUGGGUUCUGAUGAUGGUUGAUGAAUCGUUUUGCCUUUGAAAUGUGAAUAGCAAAGCGUCUGAUACAUACUGCAAGAUAGAAGUGGAAAGUUGAUACAAAAAAUGAGAGCAAAAAGGAGAAACAGGAUUGCCAUUUGAAGUACAAAACCUUCUUUCUGACUUUGUCUGCUGCUGUAAUAGGUGUUAAUUGAUCACUGUUUAGGUGCUUAUUGUGCAUAUACAAUUACUGCCCAUUUCUUGGUUAUCAAAUUGAAUAUGAUUGUGUGAACUGUGGAUUGCAGUGCCCAUCAUUGGUCCACUAGGUCACAAUUAUUUAUUCCCAGGUCUUGAUUUUAUGUUCUUGACUUCUUGGUAUGGAUAAUGGAUUCGAAUUUAUAUGAGCCA